AUGAUUUUGCUAGCGUUUGCUUAUGCGACGCACCUCCUGAAACAAAUAUUGACAUGUGUUUGUAUUUUUCAGCUUGCACAGUCUAUGGCACAUAGCGCAGAGGAAUUUGUGCGACAGGUGUGGCUGCGUGGGUGGCAGCUUGUACAAUUCGCGCAAUUACCCGCUUGGAUGAAGGAUAACGAUUUUCUAGUCCGUGGUCAUCGGCCAGCACUCAAUUCUUAUUGGAGCUGCGCGAAAUCGAUCUUUCGUAUUCACACGGAGACUGGCAACAUUUGGACCCACUUACUUGGCAAGUGUUUCUUCACGAGAAAUAUUAAUGAAUCUGUUAUGCAUUACAUGUUGAGCGGUUGUGUACUGUUUGUCACCAUCUGGGGUUCCUUUAUGUUCAUUGCUACAGAAAGCAUUCAAUGGCAAGACAAAUUGGUGUACUCUGCAUUCUUUACGGGGGCAGUCAUUUGUCUAGGAUUCUCCUGUGUCUUUCAUACACUCAGCUGUCACUCCCUUAAAGUAUCGCGAUUCGCAAACAAACUAGACUACGCAGGGAUAGCUAUACUAACCAUCGGAUCCUUUGUUCCCUAUCUCUACUACACAUUUUACUGCGACUUUUCCGCAAUGAUCGGCUAUCUUUCUUUGAUUUGCAUACUCGGAGUGAUGUCCAUCUGUGUGUCCAUGCUUGACGUGUUUGCCAGUCCACGCUUUCGCUCAGUUCGCGCUGGAUGCUUUAUUGGCCUUGGUCUGUCAGGGGCGAUUCCUGCGACGCACUAUGCCGUCUUUGCGGGCUGGCACUCUGCCGUGGAGGAUGGAUCAUUUGGCUGGCUUGUUUUGAUGGCCGUUCUUUACAUAUCGGGAGCUUUGCUCUAUGCCCUGCGCAUACCUGAACGCUGCUUUCCUGGCCACUGCGAUAUAUGGUUCCAAAGCCAUCAAAUAUUCCACGUGUUUGUGGUAGCGGCAGCCAUGGUGCAUUACUACGGCAUCGCAAAACUCUCCGAUUACCGCCUGAGUCGAGGAGACUGCAAACCAGACCAGCCCCUCAACUUUACUCGCACGUAG